AAAGUCCAAAGAUAAUAAGUAGGAGAAUCACACACUGAUUUCAUACUAUUGGCUGUAUAGGUCAAUUAAAAAAAAAUAAAAAAAUAACACAUUUAUACGUAUGUAUACUUGUUUUAUUUAAAUGAUUUCCACUACUUCUUCGACCACCUCAUUAACUGAUAUAUCCCCCACCUUGAAUUAUUAUUAUUUUUUUAAUUUAUUAAUUUUUUUUUUUUUUUUUUUUAUAUCUUUAUUUCCCCAAGUUUCUCACACACUUGUUUGGCAAUAUCAAGCAAGCUUCAUCAGUUCUACUCUUGUCAGUGUUGAGUGUACAAUAUUUUCCGACCUCUUGAGAUUUAUUUUUAUUUUUUUUUUUUUCUUCUUUAUCACUAAUCACGUGUAAUCACCAGACAAAAGUUUAAAAAAUAAAAUAAAGUUUCUUUUAUUUUGAUUGUUUUUUUCCAUUGUUUUUUUUUUACUUAUCAAAUGAUAAAUUAUUUUUAAAAUAAUUUUAUUAAUUAGUAAAUAUUAUUUUAACAAAAAGUUAUUCAUUUUUUUAGAAUAAAAAAGUAAAACGUGUGAUUACGUGGCAAAUUUUAAAACAGCUUUCGCUAAAAUUUGCAAAAAAUAAAACAACAUAAUUUGAAGAAGAUAAAAUUAAUGGAUUAUUGAAUUUAAAUUGUAUAUGACAUUGUGUUGGAUAUAAUAUUUGUAAUACUGGCAUCAAAAACCGUGAAAAUUGUUAAUUUAAAUUCGUCUAAAUGUUGGAGUGUACUAAUGUUAUACAGUAGUAUGCAGUUCACGUAUCGUUACACGUGGAAUCGAGAAAUCAUUGUGAACUCACAAAAAUUAGUAAAAAGACGCUGAUCAUUAUUAUCUGGUUAAAUAUUUAAGUGUCAAAUAAAAUAACGUGUUUAGUGUGUUCAUUAAUUUUAAUAAUAAUUUUAUUUUUUUAUAAUUUUUUUUCUCUUUACUGCCAAGUUAUUAAAAAAUAACCAGAAAAAUUGUGAUAAUCAGACCCAAUACUGCGCUUUUUAUAUUUUAUAAAUAUUUUCUUUGUAUAUUUUAUUUUAUAUAUUUUUUUAUUAAUUUUAUUUCGAACGUGUUUCAUUAAUUUUCGUUAUCAACUGUUUUAUUUUCAACUCAUUAUCAUCAAGUAGAUUAAAAACUGACAAAACUCAACGAUAAUGGCUGCUAUUUGUUACAGUGAACCAUUUGCAGAUUGGUUGGAACAAAAGGUUGAAUUUUUGUUUGAAGAUAUACCAUCACCAGAAUGUGGACAAAACAAGCCAAUUGUUUAUCCAACAAUAGAAAAACAACAAGAACAAUCUUCAACUACAACUCAAUCAUUGUUACAAGAAUUUGAAACAGUACUUGGUGAUGUUGAAGCAUGUCAUCAAAUAUAUCCAGGUGGUCAUUUAACAUUGACACCACCACAAUCACCACCACCACCAGCAGCAGCAACAGACACAUCAACAGGAAUUUUUGAAAAAUUAACAUUUCAACAACCAACAGAUACUGAGCAAUUAUUGCUAACACUUGAUUCAUCAAAUCAACAAUAUUCACAAGAUAUACAAACAGAAACAACACAAGAUAAUAAUACACCAAUGACAAAAUCAUAUUUUAGUCAAAUAUCAAAUGGUUGGAAUGCUGAAAAUAUAUCAUUAGCACCACUUGUUGGUGAUGUUGAUUUUGAACUUGCUGCUGUUGAUGAAUAUGUUAGAUCAUGUGCUGAAGAUAUGUCACCAUCAAGUCCAUCUACCAGUUCAAAUAGCAGCUAUAAUUCUGAUGAUUCAAAUGAUGAUCCUGAAUGGACAAUAAAUACAUCAACAAGUUCCAGUAGUAAUAGUGAUAAAUACAAUAAUAAACAACUUAAUCAACGCAUUAAUAAAAAUCGUAAUAAGCCAUAUUCACGUCCAGCUGCUGUCGACAAAAAAAUACGUAAAAAAGAACAAAAUAAAAAUGCAGCAACACGUUAUCGUCAAAAGAAAAAAGCUGAAAUUAAAGAAAUUGUCGGUGAAGAACAAGAAUUAAUUGAUCAUAAUGAAAAAUUAAAUGAUCAAGUUAAAGAUUUACAACGUGAAAUUGGAUAUUUAAAGGGUUUAAUGCGUGAUUUAUUUAAAGCUAAAGGAUUAAUCAAGUAAAUUAUCGUAGUUUUAAUUCAAGAGUUUUGUCAAAUAAUAUUAUUCUUUAAUUUUAAUCAUUAGUUUUUAAUUUAUAUAUAUAUCAAAAUUGAGAUUAACUUCUUUUAUUAUUGAAAUUUGAUUUUUAUUUAAUUUGCUAAAUAAUUUGACUGUAAAAUUAAUUCAUUGCAGUGUUUUAUUUAAAAUUAUCUUGUCCAUUUAUUCGUGAAUGGAAUAAAAAUUAAUUUUCAAAAUGAAAAAUUACAAAAGUAGGAUUAUAAAUGUAUUUGAAAAAAUUUAAAAAUUAGGCAGUUGGUAUUUUUAGUGGUCAUUAAUGUUAUAAGAAAAUUUGAAUUUAAAAAUUUAUGGAAAAAUAUUAAACUUAAGCACGUGGGGUAUAAGUUAAAUUAAUUUGUCAUUAAGUAAGAGUGUUAAGGUCCAUUGUCAAUAAUUCAUUCAGUUCAAUUAUGUUGUUGUUCUCUUGAGAUAAAAUUAAUUUUUAUUUCUGUUAUCAGUAUGAAUUUGGGUCUAUUGCAUUUUAGUGAGUCUAUGAUGUUUGAUGUUGUUACGUCGAAUUGAAAUUAAUUGCCCUGCAGUAGGCACAAAAAUAAAUCAGAUAACAUUAAAUAUGAUUAUUUUUUUUAUAUCAUUAUAUGUUUAAACAAACAAUGUAGACCACAUAACAUAAUA